UACAUCCUGUGGAGCAACCACCGAGUCGAGGUAAUAUUGUUUCGUUGAACGUCAAACGUCGAUGCUAGUUAGUAUAUCUGUGGGAGACGUGAUGUAUCCAUGUAGUAGAACUGCGAAUGUACCGUGGUGAAAAAGUCCAUUGAAACAUUCUAAACAUGAACUCCAGAGUAUACAGUGUCCUGAUUUCAUUCUGGUUAUGUUUACUCUUUUAUUGGACAGGUGGUGCUACAGAAAAAAGAUUUCUUGGACCUAAAGGAUUCCUGGCUUAUAGGACAAUUCAAACGUUUCAAAGAUACUGUAUCUGCAACACAUCUUAUUCUUGCUCCUGCUGUCAAAGUGUUAUUAUUUUGUACACUAAAGUUGAAAAAAAUCUCUGCAUUAAUUUUUCUUAUCAAAAAAAUGGAUUAAACAUCGAUAUGACGUUGAACUCCGAUAUAUUAAGAGCAAGUACAAUCACAGACUACAAACCAUUAAAGUUCUGCACUAAUAUACCAGGAUGUUAUUUUUCAACGGCGUGCGUAAAUCUACUGGAACUCAAUAAAUUUCCCAGAUCGAUCACCGCUUGUCUUCGGUUGGAUAUUUUCUCUAAAAAAAGGUUGUGGCAAUUGAAUUAUGACUGUGUCAGUAUAUCAACGGAGUUACCUACAAGUAACGGAACAAUGUCAACAAUGAAUGGAACUAAAGAAAUGGGAAUGACAUCAGCUAAGACCGUUCAAAUGACGAUGACUACGGCAAUGACAACUGCGGUGGAAACUGAAGAGACUACAUCGACUGAUGUAGAAGUGAUAACGGUACCAGGAAGUCAACCAACGACAGUGGUGGAUAUCGAUUAAGUAAUAACUAAUAUAAGAAAUACAGCAUUAUUCGGUAGAAUAUUUCAAACAGAAUUUAAUUAAUUAUAGUGUUAAACCGAAUUAAUUAAAGAAUUGUUUAAAUGAAGUUUUCUCUUAAA